UUGAAAAAUGAUGGAGGAAAAUAGUGUUUAUGGUAAUCCAUUAGUAUAUAAAGUUGCUGAUUCUGAAAAAAGCGUGGCGAUUUGUUUGAGGGAGAGGUUAUGUGGUAACAUUCCAGCCCGUGUAGUAUUAUACUUUUUAUCAUGGUCUGGAUUUUUAGUAUCGUUUAUGUUACGUACGGAUAUAAAUUUGGCUAUAGUGGCUAUGGUUAAAUUUCGUCCACCUACUGACAAUGAUACAAGUCCUGACACUUGUAUUGAUCCAGACUUAAUCAUCACAAAUAAUGGUUCUCUACCAACUGAUGGUGAAUUUGAUUGGUCUAGUAGUAUACAAUCUUCAAUACUUGGAUCAUUUUAUUGGGCGUAUAUAAUAUCACAAGUGAUUGGUGGAUUAGCUACUCAAAAAUUGGGAACUAAACGUGUUUUUGGAUAUGCUCAAUUAUGUACAGCGUUUGGAAGUUUGUUAAUGCCAUUAGCAGCGGAUACACAUUAUGGUGCCGUAAUUGCUUUACGAUUUCUACAAGGAUUUGCUUCUGGUUUAACUUGGCCAGCAAUGUAUGCUGUCGUAGGACAUUGGAUACCAACAGCAGAACGAAGCCGCUUCAUGUCAUCAUUCCAAGGAUUUAGCAUUGGUAUUGGCUUAACAUACCCAUUAUGUGGAUUUUUGAUUGCACACUUUGGAUGGCGAUCAGUAUUUUAUACCACAGGCAGUAUAGGAAUAGCAUGGUGUUUUAUUUGGUACAUGUUAGCUUUUGAUAGCCCUGAAACUCAUCCAAGAAUUUCAACAAGUGAACGACAAUAUAUUGCUGAUAAUACAGUUCAAACUUUAGCAUCUAGCCGAAAACAAAAAGUACCUUGGAAAAAAAUACUUACAUCAAUGCCUGCUUGGUCAAUUGGUAUUACAACAUUUGGUCGAAUAUGGGUCCAUUAUACAUUUAUUAUACCCGGUCCAAGUUACAUGAAAAGUAUCCUUGGAUUUCAUAUACAGGAGAAUGGAAUACUAUCAGGUGCUCCAUUUAUCUUAUCCUAUCUAUCAAGCGUAGUAUUUUGUUACAUGGCUGAUCAAUUAGUGAAUCGUAAAUGGAUGUCAUUAAAGAAUGUACGGAAAUUAUUUACAGCGCUCGCACAAGUAGUACCUGGAAUCCUAUGUGUCCUAAUUGGUUAUUUAGGUUGUGACGUAAUCCCUGUUUUAAUUGUAUGGUUUAUUGCUGUUACAAUGAUUACAGCCGCCUAUGCAGGAGCAAUGGCAAAUAUUGUAGAUAUCUCACCAAAUUUUGCUGGACCAGUACUUGCAUUCGCACAAACUAUACAUAUGAGCGCUAGUUUUUUGUCACCUAUUGCUGCAGGAUAUUGGACUAGCGAUGGGCACACAUUGACAGCAUGGCGAGGUAUUUUCAUAACUGCAGGCGUGGUAGCAGUAGCAACGUAUCUCGUAUACCAAAUAUUUGGUUCUGCUGAAGUACAACCAUGGAAUAAUCCAGAUGCAUCAAGUGCAAAUGAUGCAGAAACAGCAAGUAUGAUGGAUACCAAUGAUGAAAAUAAACUCAAAGACGAAGAGAAAAACAAUCCUACGGCAUAAGUUAUUUUGGAAAAUAAAAAGUGCCAUCAAUUAUUGUUUUUUCUUUUUUAAUUUACAUAAAUUUUUAUUAUGUAUUAUUAAUUAGUGAUGAAUAUUUUUUCUUGGGCACAAAAUAUUUGCACUCAAAAAGAUAUAAUACCUCUCGUGUUGUUUUAAGCGUUAUAAAAAUCACAUGACAUAUUUUCAUGACUUUUUUAUGCUAAUAGUUAUUUCAUUUUUUUUCUAAUGAAACUUCAUUUUCAUUCACAUUUUUAUAAAUAUAGAUUUUAGUAUGCGAUUCAGAAAGAAAUAAGAGUUAAUAAUGGAGAUGAAAGAUUCCGUCGAUAUGAGUAGAGAUAUAAUGUACUUAUCUAUAUAAAUAUCAUAAAAGUGUUUUUGCUGUUUUAAAAACAAAAUAUUCCAUCCGCGUUGAAAAUCUAUUGGUAUUUAACAUUAAAAGUUGGUAUUUUCUUUAAUAAAUUACAAUAUCAAACUUAAAAAUAUGUUUCCAAACUGAAUUUACUGUAUCCAGGUUUGGGAUGUAGUGAAACAAGGGUCGAGCGGGUCGAGCUAAAAACGGAGUAAAAAUGAAAACAAAUAUGACGGUAAAUGGUAAAGAGAUUUCUCUACAAUUAAAUACGCAACUGACAUACUUUAUAUGCUUGUAUCAUACCGAAGAGUCGCGGUCGGUAUAUUACUUUCGUCUCUAUCUUAACUCUUUGGAAUAAUGUAAUCUUAAGAACAUUUUGAUCUGUUUAUUUAGUUAUUUAAGUAUAUUGUUAGACAUAUUUUAUUUAUUUCUUUUUAAAAUUUUUUUCAUUGUGUUGUGGAAAAUAAAUGAAUGUUUUGACAGCGGAUUCAUGCUCUAAAGUUUGCGAUUUCUUAGUUCUUCGUACUGAUCACGAAGUGCUUAGUGAUUUCUAUUUCAGAAGUUACUUUUUUUAUUCAAGAAAGAUAUAUCAACGCAAAUUAUCAUACGCAAAGUACACGCGUGGUUGUACGAACCUUUUCCCGAAGUAAAUACAAAAUUGCUCCUUUGAAUAUGGCUUUGUAUGAUUUAUAUUCUGGCGAUACAACGAUUAAGAUAACAAUUGCAUUUGAGAUUUGUCAAAUGGACUAAUGAUUAAGUUGAAAAUUUUCUUUUCCCAUGCAUGUAUCAUUUGGUUUUAAUGCUGAUGAUAAAGCAACAAUUAUAAAUGAAAUCAUAUUGGCAUAAGUACUACAGUAGAGCA